AUGUCUACCACACUCACCGAACAAGCUCCCUCCGAGCAUAUCACCAAGCUCGAGACCAACUCCACUAUACCUCACGAUAUCAAAGGAGUUCUGAAUUAUUACCUUGAUCCAGAAGAUGGAAGUCCUCCAGAGCCCAAUUACGUGAGUAAGCCUAGCACUUAUGAUCGUCCCGUCCAUUCGGUGGAGGUUACUGUCCACGAUAUCCGCGGUUCGGAAGACCAGUAUACGUUGGACACCACCGGUUUCCAGGUCGUAAACCAUGUUAGUCGGGAAAAAGAUUUUGUGGAUGAGGAGAAGAUCAAGAGUGACUACUACGAAGAAACCGAAGAAUUGUUGAAACGAGAAACCGGAGCAUCCAAAAUUUUCAUCUUUGACCACACAAUCCGUCGUGAAGCUCUUGAUACAAGAACCCCAGCACCUGUAUCUGCUGAUUCAAUCAAUAAGAAUCCCACCCCAGUUGUAGUCCGCGGUCCAGUUCAACGCGUUCACAUCGAUCAAUCCUAUGCCGCCAGUCCCCGCCGCGUAACCCAUCAUCUUCCCGAGGAAGCCGAGAAAUUUCUCAAAGGACGUUUCCAAAUCAUCAAUGUUUGGCGACCCAUCAAGACAAUUCUCAAAGAUCCCCUUGGUGUUGCUGCUGCCAAUUCAGUUGAUGACAAAGAUCUUGUUCCAAUCAAACUUAUCUAUCCCAAUCGCGAAGGAGAAACUUACUCUGUGCGUCAUGCUCCGGGUCAUAAAUGGAACUAUUUGUAUAAGCAGACACCUGAGGAGGUACUUCUGAUCAAGUGUUUUGAUAGCAAGACUGAUGGGAGAGCGAGACGUGUUCCGCAUAGUGCGUUUGUGAAUCCCGAACAUGAGGGAGAGAAGACGAGAGAGAGUAUUGAGGUUAGGGCAUUAGUUUUCCAUCCGGAUGAUACAGAAUAG